GAGAACUUGAGACCCAUAAAGCAGCGGAAAGAGGGGAGAAAAUUCCCCUGUUUUUUCAAAACAUUUUUUUACGUAUUUCCAAAGAUGUUAUUCUUUUAACAACUCUGUUUCACGACUUUCUGCAACAAGGAAACAAAGUAGCUACCAUUUUCUCUCUGAAACUUCAACUGGGUUUUAAUCCCUUUCACAUUCAGUUUCUUCAAACCAUUCUCUCUCUCCUCUCUCGGUGCCUAGAGUGAGAAAAUGGGCAGAAUAAUUAGGUGGCUCAAAGGUUUGUUUGGAAUAAAGACCAAAGACAAACACCAAAAACCAAUUUCUGAUUCCGGCGACUUCAAAGACAAGAAAGGCUCGAGCUUUGGGAGGGAGGAUGCAGCCGCAACCCUGCUCUGCCACAGCCCCGCCACCAUCCCGCCCAACAUUUCGCCGUCCGAGGUGGCUUGGCUGAGAUCCCACUACACAGAAACAGAGAAGGAGCAGAACAAGCAGGCAAUUGCCGUGGCGGCAGCCACGGCCGCUGCUGCCGACGCUGCGGUUGCAGCGGCAAACGCCGCCGUGGCGGUUGUCCGCCUCACGAGUCAUGGUAGAGGCACCAUGUUCGGCGGCGGGAGAGAGAGAUGGGCCGCUGUCAAAGUUCAAACUUGUUUCAGAGGCUAUUUGGCUAGAAAAGCUCUAAGAGCUCUGAAAGGACUGGUGAAGUUGCAGGCAUUAGUGAGAGGGUACUUAGUGAGGAAGCAGGCGACUGCAACUCUCCACAGUAUGCAAGCUCUAAUCCGAGCUCAAGCAACUGUUCGUUCUCAUAAAAAUCUGGGGCUGAUCAGCAUUGAAUCCAGCAACAGAUUUGAAAUCCGUGCACGAAAAUCCAUGGAGAGAUUUGGUGACAGCAGGAGUGAGCAUACAGCUCCAUCCCACAGCAGAAGGCUCUCUGCUUCUAAUUUGGGUGACAAUAAUUUCAACGACAUUGAUGAAAGUCCCAAGAUUGUUGAGGUUGAUACAGGCAGCAGGCCGAAAUCCAGGUCCCGGAGAACAAACACUGGUUCCGCAUCCGGAUUCUCCGACGAUACGACUUAUCAACGAGCAUUGUCUUCUCCAAUCCCGUAUCCGGGUACUCCUGCCCGGCUAUCAAUCCCCGACAGCCGGAACUACCAAGACUACGACUGGGCGCUUUCCGUGGAGGAAUGCAGGAUGAUCUCUUCGGCACAAGGCACGCCACGGUUAGUGAAUUCCUGUGGCGGAGGGGCUACCAGCAAUGCCUCCGGCACGCCUUCAAAGAGUGUUUGUAACGAGAAUUAUUUUAGAGGGUAUUCGCCGAAUUACAUGGCGAGCACUCAGUCGUUCAAGGCGAAGUUGCGGUCUCAUUCUGCUCCGAAACAGAGGCCGGAGCCGGGGGCGAAAAAGCGGCUUUCGCUGAACGAAAUGUUGGCGUCAAGGAAUAGUUUGAGUGGGGUUAGGAUGCAGAGGUCCUGCUCGCAAGUGCAGGACGCCAUUGUUUUCAAGAAUGCUGUGAUGGGGAAGCUUGAGAGGUCCUCUGGAUUUUGGUAGUUGCAGGCAUGUAAUGAUCGGAAACAGGGGAUGUAAUACUAGAAAAUGUGAUUGUAGAUUAAAAAAAAGGUUAACUGUUAUUAAUGAUAUAUUAUGGCAGGGUUUGAUCUGA